GUCCCCAAUACUCCUUGCAGCUCCAUCUCUAUGGACUUUUUCGUUAGUUUGCCAGAAUCUGAAGCCUUUACCCGUAUCGGGGUUAUUGUUGAACGCUUUACGAAAAUCACCUACUUCAUACCGCUCCUGACUGAGGCAACAAUCAAGGAACUUGCGCAUAUAUUCCUUCAAGAAACAUGGCGACUACAUGGACUAUCCGAAGAAAUCAUUUCUGAUCGGGACUUUAGAUUCGAAAGCAAAGUUCUGUUCUACGCGAACUAUGGGUUCGAGCCUGAUUCCGAUUGGCAUUUGCACAGAAGGAAGCUGGACAAUGCCAAUGUUUCCAGUGCCGUAUUAAAGUUCAAGUGGAAAGCUCUUUGGAAAACUAUGAGGACUGAUAUUUUUAAGGCACAGGCCCGGCAGAAGAAAUGCAAGCUUGACUACAAGAAACUAUAUCUCUUUGAGGUUGAUGAGAAACUUGUUGUUGCGUUCUACAGGCUGAAGCUUCCCUCUCAAUGGAACAUUCAUGAUGACUUCCAAAUAUUUCUGCUGGAGUCCUAUCGGGGACUGAAAUACCCCCGACGCACUGAAGUCCCUCCUACUCCAGAUGAGAGUAUCGCAUUGUUUGGGAGGGCUAUCGUUCGGAAGACUCCUGAGAACCAUAUGAAAUUCUGCAAGGAAGAGCCGACGAGGCCCUCAAAGAAUUUCAUCAAAAAUACCCGCAAAAACCUCGGAAAAUACGGGGAAACUUUAGGGAUCCUCAAAACACAGCGUGAGUAG